GGGACCAACGCCACCUGCCCGGAGAGGACGCAGGACUUGGUGGUGCAUCCCCGCGCCGGCGAGAGCCGCGCCACCUCGUCGGUGAUCGCCGUGAAGGUGCAGCUCCUGCGGAAGGCCGAGCGCUCCAAGCUCUACGUCCUGUGCACUCGCAGCGACCCGGGGCAGCCCUGGCUGCGCCUGGAGGGCAAGGAUGCCUUCCUGCGCGUGGUGGAGGAGAAGAAGCACCUGCUCCCCCUUUGGCUGCAGAUCAUCCUCAUCAUCGGCCUCCUGGUGCUCUCCGGCAUGUUCAGUGGGCUCAACCUGGGCCUCAUGGCCCUGGACCCCAUGGAGCUGCGCAUUGUCCAGAACUGUGGCAGCGAGACAGAGAAGCGCUACGCCCGCAAAAUCGAGCCCAUCCGACGCAAGGGCAAUUACCUGCUCUGCUCGCUCCUGCUGGGCAACGUCUUGGUCAACACCACCCUCACCAUCCUGCUGGACGAUCUCAUUGGCUCUGGGCUGGUGGCCGUCAUCGCUUCUACCUCCGGGAUUGUGAUCUUUGGGGAGAUUGUGCCCCAAGCCCUCUGCUCCCGUCAUGGCCUGGCUGUGGGUGCCAAUACCAUUGUUCUCACCAAGGUCUUCAUGCUCUUAACCCUCCCUGUUUCCUACCCCAUCAGCAAGCUCCUAGACUUUGUGCUGGGCCAAGAAAUUGGCACAGUCUACAACCGGGAGAAGCUGGUGGAGAUGCUGAAGAUCACUGAACCGUACAAUGAUCUGGUGAAGGAGGAACUGAACAUGAUCCAGGGGGCACUGGAGCUUCGGACCAAGACAGUGGAGGAUGUCAUGACCCCUCUUCAUGACUGCUUCAUGAUCAACAGUGAUGCCAUCUUGGAUUUCAACACCAUGUCUGAAAUCAUGGAAAGCGGCUAUACCCGUAUACCAGUCUUUGAAGAGGAACGGUCCAACAUUGUAGAUAUCCUGUACAUCAAGGACUUGGCCUUUGUGGACCCUGAUGACUGCACCACCCUCAAGACGAUCACAAAGUUCUACAACCACCCGGUCCAUUUUGUCUUCCAUGACACCAAGCUGGAUGCCAUGCUGGAGGAAUUCAAAAAGGGUAAAUCACACUUGGCUAUUGUCCAGAAGGUGAACAAUGAAGGUGAGGGAGACCCCUUCUAUGAAGUGUUGGGAUUGGUAACGUUGGAAGACGUCAUUGAGGAGAUAAUCAAAUCGGAGAUCCUGGACGAAUCGGAUAUGUACACUGACAACCGCACCAAGAAGCGUGUGAGCAACAAGAAGGACAAGAGAGAUUUCUCUGCCUUCAAGGACAAUGACACGGAGUCCAAAGUCAAGAUCUCCCCACAGCUGCUCCUGGCUGCCCAUCGCUUUCUCUCUACCGAAGUGACGCAGUUCACGGCCACCUUCAUUUCGGAAAAGAUUUUGCUGCGUCUGCUCAAGCACCGCGAUGUCAUCCACGAGCUGAAGUUUGAUGAGGAGAACAAGAAGUCUCCCCGACAUUUCCUCUUCAACAGGAACAAGCCUGCCGAUUUCUUCAUCCUCAUCCUUCAGGGCAAAGUGGAGGUAGAAGCUGGCAAGGAGAACAUGAAGUUUGAGACCGGGCCUUUCUCUUACUAUGGAGUGAUGGCUUUGAGUCCACCUGUCACAACACCGCCGGACAGACCCCACCACCAGUCUCUUAUACAGCGAGGGUCUUUGCAUUCCAAGCUGUCAGUUUCAGAAAUCCGUUCUCCAUCUCAUAUGAGUAAUCUGAAUCGCUCGGCGUCUCUUUGCUACCAUGAGCGCUCCGACUCUAUCUCUUCCAACUUUAGCGGCAGCAACAACCAGCUUAAUGCCAACACGAGUUCCCAGUACCUCUCAGACUUCAGUGUUCGUGCUCUUACAGACCUCCAGUAUGUCAAGAUCACACGCCUCCAGUACCAAAAUGGUCUCAUGGCCUCCCGCCUGGAGAGCUGUCCCCAGACCCCCGACGGGAGCCCCCCCAAACUGGACACCUCCUUGCCCGAAAAGGGGGGCACCCUGGCAAACAACGAAACGAUCGGCCUCUUGAAUGAAAGGAACUGCCAGCAUCAAAAGACAAACCACAGCCCCCCCGACAACGUGGUCUGACCCCGGCCUUCGGGCAGUUGGUCUGGCCCAGCUUGCCCACCCACCCUUUCCCUUCCAAAGACACGCCAGUGCCCACAGAAGGACUUUGAUUGUGCAUCUGUCAACCUCAGGUAGCAACCAGGGCCAUGGGGAGAGAGCGCUUCCUUGCGCCCUCCCGUACCAUUUCCGACUCCUCUGCCCUGUUUUCCCAGCCAGGUGGUUUUGAACUGGGAGGGGAGGCAAGACAGCCUUGAAAGCAAUAGCCCACCAUUAAUUCCAAGGCGACCGGCUACGGAUAGGAAGGGAAGGCCCGAUCCUGGGUCGCCUGCAGUGUCCUGGGCUCUUCCCAGUUUGCGCGUCAGCAAGCUUGACAAGCAGGAAAAGCAGAUUUCCCCUUCGCCGUACUGCUUUUUAACUCAACGCCGCGGAGAGGAAGGGGAGCCGCAGCACAGCCAGGGGGGCCUGGAAGCAGCUGUCUUUUUGCAGAGGGCCCAGUUCUGGUUCUCCCUUCCCUGCUAGGGGAGGGUCUCCUCGCUUCAGCUCCAGCAGCCCGUAGUUACAAAGAUGGCACCGAACUCAGCAGAGGAGAUGCAGGCUCAUGGAGACGUCAGCCACCGUCUCUUAAUAAGACAGACUUCGUUUUCCCAUCUCAGGGAGUUCUGAGACUUCGUUAUUUGGGAUUAUCUUUUUUUUUUCCUUUUUAAUCAAGCCUUCGGGGUAUUUGAUAGCAGGGAUGUGUCUGACCAGGAGGAACCAGCCAGGGUUACAAGUUGGCGAAUGGGUCCCCUCUCCUGCUUCAGAAGGACCUCUGCUUUGGGAGAAGGUUCGGUUUCCCAAUCCAAACUCAGUUCUCGUCUGGCUCCAAGUCACAGCCUCGUGUUUCAAGGGAUCCUAACAAAAUCAGUUAUACGAAAAGUAACCGCAGGAGGUCAAGUGAAAGUUACAUCAGGUCAUGUUGCAGAUAAAUGGCUCCUUAAGUUCUUUUAAAAAAAAAA